AUGAUCGAAUUAUUCAGUUUCAGUGUAGAUUCAAGACUAGUAAAUCAGCGACAACAACGAGAAGCGAAAAACCAAUUAAUUCAUAUUAGUGACGAUGAAGAAAUAAUAACAGAGAGACGUGAAUUAUUAAAUAUUAACGAUACAAAUGGCUCUCUAGGUAGUGUCUCUAGGAAAGCGGUUACUCCAGACAACAGAACAUCGAAAAACAUCAAAAAGAGUCUAAAGAGAUUGCAUAGCAGAAAAUUACUUGGAUUGACAUCUGAAAAUGAGGUUAGAAGGGAUGAUGAUGUUAAGAAACGUUUACAGUUCCAACAGACACAACCAUGUUUAUUGAAAUCAUCAGAAUCAUAUUUGCUUUCGUGCGAUGAAAGUUAUAUCCAGUCUUAUGAAUGCACUUUUCUGAAUCAUCUCAUAACGGAAGAGAAAACUUGGCCCGUCCCUAAUAUAAGCCCAAUUACUAGGGCUUGCGUACUUAACUGGGUAUUAAAAAUAAAUGGCAACAUUAGGAGUCCUGCUGGGGUCCAAUUUGCAGUCUGGUACCUUGAUACCCUGUUUACUACCGUAAGAAUUGAUUUGGAUAAGUUGCAGUUAGCAGCCACAGCCUGCUACUGGAUAGCAGUGAAAAUAGUCGGUCCAAGUAUAUCAGCAAAGAGCCUGGUCAGAUACUCGAACUAUUCUUUCCAGAUAAAGGAUCUAGUGAAGGCAGAGAAAACUAUAUUGACUCUACUGGAUUUUCGAACUAAAAAGGUGAUACCGCAAGAGUUCAUAUCGUAUCUGGUUUGGUCGUGCGACAGAGAGGCUGAAUGGCAGACCAAACUGGCUUCAACAUUCAUCUGCAUGACUAGUCUGAUAAUGGAUAAGGCAAUGUGCGGUCAGCUUCCAUCUACAAUUGGCGUGGCUGCGGUGAAGAAUGCCAUGGUGAUUCUCAAGAAGUUCGAACCGCUGGCUAAGUUGAAGCAAAAUAAAUUGUUCAUUGAGGCGGGAAAAAGGGACAAUUUCGAGGAAAUCUGUGAGAGGCAAAGGAAAUCUGUUUGCGGUCUUUUGAAACCGUCACCAUAUAAAGCGCCUUUAGAACUAUAUGGUAAACUUGAUAACAUCGUGGAAAUAGUUUUAUCUGAAAUCCAACAUCAACGCUGUGAAAACAGAUCUCAAGAUUGAAACUCAAAUAGUAAUUUAAUAUAUUUAAUAAUGCAAUUGUUAGAAUAUAAGGGCGUUGUAGUAUAAGUAAAUUUUUAUCAUAAUUUAAUUUAUUUAUGUGUAAUUUCGCAACUAUGACGGUACUUA